AUGCCCAUCCCAGUUGCAGAGAAACAAUUUCGGCACGAGUCGGGGAAGCUGAAGAUUGUCGUGGUCGGCGCCGGCCUAGCAGGCGUCGGCGCGACGAUAGCGUGUCUCCUCGCCGGUCACGACGUCCAUCUGCUCGAAUCCGCAAAAGAAAUCGGGGAGAUCGGGGCCGGUAUCCAGAUCCUUCCUAAUUCCUCUCGCGUUCUACAGCACUGGGGUCUCGAGAAAGCGUUGAUGAAACAUGCGACGGUCCCAAGGUUUUGCAACUUUCUCGGCUGGAAGGGGAAUCUAAUCUCGUCCCUUGACUUUAAGGCGUCUGAGGCGCAGUAUCCAGGGACGUGGUAUCGAGACUUUCAUCGCGCGGAUCUACAUAGAUGUCUGGUAGAAAGAGCAGUCGAGCUGGACGCGGUGUUAUCGUGCAACACGCGCAUCAUCAACGUCAUCCCGAGCGAAGAUGGAACCACAUCGACAGCUAUUGCUGCGGACGGAAGACAAUUUACGGGUGAUCUAGUGAUUGGGUGCGAUGGAGUGUUCAGCAAGCUCACCGAGUCGUUACUGCAAAGACCAGAGCCGCCACUCAAGACGGGCGAUCUUGCCUAUAGACUGCUGUUAGACACUGACGAGAUGCUCAAGGACCCAGAGCUGAGAUCGUUCGUCACGGAUCCACAGGUCAACUACUGGCUUGGGCCGGAUAAGCACGCGGUGAACUAUGUUUUGCGAGGAGGAAAGCUUUUCAACAUGGUCCUGCUCGUGCCGGACGACAUUCCUGAAGAUUCACUGGCGACAACGGUGGAGGGCAAUGUCGAGGAGAUGUGUUCUCUGUUCGAGGGCUGGGAUCCCAAUACGAUCGUUAACAGUUGCAGCGCCGGAAUGGCCUUCGAAGACGGUGCGGUCCUCGGCGAAGUCCUAUCCCGUCUCCCCAACGACCCCUUCAUCAGCAAGACCUCGCCUGAAUACCUGGCUGAGAAACGUCAUGCCCUGGCCGUCUUCGAGAAAUGCCGCAAAGAACGUACGCAAAUGGUCGUCAAGCGGGGAAACACUCAGCAGUACUUGUAUCAUCUCCACGACGGGCCGGAGCAGGAGGACCGGGAUCGAAAGAUGCAAAUGGUGCCAACGCCAGAGGGAGAGUGUUUAGCCUGGAGGGAUCCGGGGCUUGCUCCGAAGCUGCUGGGGUAUGAUCAUAUUGCAGAUGUGAGCGAGAAGAUGAUACACUGCCAUGGAGAGAACAUACUGACGGGUGCAGGUGAACCGCAACUGGAACGCAGUUACCCAGACAGCAGUUGA